AUGGCCAUGGCCCCACGGAAAGGAACGCGACGAGCGUGUGACCCUUGUUCUGUCAGGAAAGUGCGAUGUGAUGGCAACCAGCCAUGCUCAAGAUGCGAAGCCGCUAGCUGGGACUGCACCUACUUGAAAACGCAUGGGAAAAGCGGACCAAAAGGACCACGCCGGACCACGGAAGCCGCAAUCAGGAGACUGCAGGAACGCAGCAAGGGCACCCAUGAUGAGGGGUCAAGGAGCAACAGCGAGACGAGCUUUGACGCUGGAAGCCCAGUAUCUACCGAGCUAACCUACCUGGACCCCAUCUCUUUGAUGAGCGAGGCCGAUGGUGAACCCAAAGCCUGGCCGGAUAUCUUGAGUCCAACCCUCUCCGCCACCCCUCACGAGCCUCAGAGGAUAUCGAUUGCUUGCCUAUCGCAAUAUUUGGAUGUCUAUUCGGCACGCGGAUAUGGUAUAUGGCCGGUGGUCGACGCAGAGGCUCUGACAGCACGUCUUCUGACCCAUCCCGAUGAUUUGGAAGCUUAUGCAUUAGCCACUGCGAUAUCUGCUGCUAUAGUGAGCCAGUUCUCUAUGGACGAUUCGGGGAGUCCACUGGAGGGUCACUACCGCGUCUCGAGUGGCACAUUUGAGAUGGAAGCAAAAAAGGCAAGAAACGAAUGCGAUCAUCUGGAGAACGUCACUGUGUUCUCUUUGCUGAGCAGCUUCUUCCUACAUGUCUACUCAGCAAACGUUGGGAGGAUGAAUGCUUCCACAGUGUUGCUUGGAGAGGCCAUCUUCAAAGCCCACAUCAUAGGAUUGCACAAGGCGAACCACUACGAACACAUGACCGCGGAGCAAACGCAAUAUGCGUUGAGAGUGUACUGGCUCCUCUUCAUCACGGAGCGAGCACAUUCUCUGCAACACGACGUGCCGACAACACUCAAGCGCGCCCCUAAUCUCCCUCGAUUGGAGGACCUGCACGAUGGAUCGGUUACACCUGCCUUUGUUCAGCUUUGCCGGCUGUUCAACAUUUUGGAUGUCACCAUAACUGCCGAACCAGCAGCUGCGCGCCAUGCCCUUGCAUUAGCUCAGCAACAGCUUAGCAGUGAUGAGGACCCCCGCAGCCUCGAAAACGAGCUCCAGCGUGCAGACAUCACAAUGACGCAACAAUGGAUGCGCAUCUUCUUGUGGCAGCACGCACUCAAUGUAACGAAUCUGAGCAGUCGCGCCAGCCAGGAUGAGGAAUUCUCAUUUCGUUUUCCCGCCAAAGUCGCUCAAAAUGUCCUCAGCAAUCUGAGUAGCCUCUCCCGCCAGAGCAUUGAGGCGCAUGGGCCUGGCAUGGAGUCGAAGCUUUUCGAUGUCGCCAACUCGCUUGCAGACGUCAUGAUGAUUAUGCCUUCGCUCAACCACGAAUCUCACUUCGACGUUGGACCUAGAGAUCUGAUCCAUUCGCUAGCGCAAGUCCUGGCCUCCUUUCGUGGUGGCAAUCCUGCUGUCAUUAGCAUACUGCAAGAGAAGCUCACUAUGCUUGGACUUUCCGCUGGGUCGCCGCAGAAGUUGCUUGAGCUCUCCUCGCCGGAAGAGGAACACGACGAGUGGCACGACCGCUCCAUGUCUGCUCCCUCUACCUACCCGUCCUUAAGUCCCGACGUUUCAAUGUCGCCCUCACUCCAGUCGAGCAUGAGCAUGGAUGGGACGUAUUGA